AUGUCGACGCCCCAGAGACUACAGAUGGUCCACCGUCUCCAACGCGCGAUGGCAACGGCCUACGCCGGCCUAGGCGCAUGGUGCCUCAUCCACCCCUACUCUGUCGUCGCCCUCGGCUUCACGCCCAAAUACGUCGCCAUGUCCAACGAGACGACGCACCUGCUCAUGCGUUGCUUCGGCGCCCAGGCCAUGACAUGCGGCCUCGUGCUGGGCACGGCGGAAAUGACGGCGUCCAGCUUCACUGCUUUCGGACUGGCCAUGAUCCCCUAUCUCGGGUGGAACUUUUGGUUCAGCGGCAUUGGGCCCGCGAGGGGUAUGAUCAACAGCCUGAUGUGGCUCGAUUUCCUCGGGAAUGUGUUCUUCAUGGGCGGCUCGCUGUGGUGUGCGAAGGUGCUGAAGAGGGAAGCAAACAAGAAAGAUUGA